AGCAGCUGAUGGUUCGAUCCUUGCCGCUGCGGGCAUCGAAGUCCUCUGGGACGCCCCAGUCGGCGCUGGCAGCGAUGAUCCACUCGGCGGCCUGCUCGGGCCUGCCCUCUCCCUCGGCGACGUGUUGCCGGUUGUCGGUAUGCCUGCCUUGUUUGGGUCUGGCCAUCGCGCGCUCUUCUUCAAGCUCCGGAUUUCGAGCAUGUGGCUCGAAGAGAAGACAUUUACUGGGUCACCGAGGGCCCACACGUGGAACGCGUUCUAUGCCUCCUUCGACGGCUCACGCAGCUACACGGUCACCAAGGUGCUGGUCCACGCUACCGCUGCCGACGUUGAGGCAGACCGCACGACCUGGUGGCAGCGUGCAGGCAACAGGCUCGCCGACGAGGCAGCGAAGGAGGGCGCGAAGCUGGCGCUGACAGACGACCAGCUGGACUUAGCCUACGGCCUCGACCUCAUCGCACGUCAGGCGAUGAUCUUCACGGGUAAGCUCCACGCGCGCAUGGUGGAUCGGAAGCUGCUCGAUCACGCCAGCGACGUCGUCCUGGAGUUCUCGGAGCCUGAGGCGGGCUACGAGCAGCCAGGGGCCAGUGGGGGGCACGCUGCCGAGGCCUCCUGGGGGGCGGCUGGCGCGGCGGUGGUGGCCCUAGCUGCUGCGCGGGCCUCGGCGGAAGGCGACGAGCCACCUGCAGCUCGACGACCUCGGCAGCCUUGGUCGAUCGGAGGCCACGCCAUCGUCGAGCGAGCCGUCACGGGGCCUGGCACGGACGGCACCACCAUGGUCCAUUGCGUGAAGUGCUACGCCUAUGCCCACCAGCGCAUGCAGGGCAUUCUGGGGCCGUGCGGCACGGGGGCAGGACGUGAGCCACAGACUGGUCGGAUUCGCAGAGGGCUGUUCCCUAACGUGAAGGGCGGCCGAGGAGCAUGGCGCCUCGGGGAGCAGCUUUUUCACUCCGAGGCUUGGCAAAAGGAAAUUCAGCCAGAGGCUUUCGCACCCCGCCGCCCCCGAGGCCAGCCGGGCCACGGGUAGCGGGCAGCAGGGCCCAGCUCAGCGCUUGCCCCGCUCGCGAGCGCUGUUGCGUUUUGGGGUCGGGCCCGAGCAGGCGGCCGACUUCCUUUCCUGGUCGGCCAGGCAGCGAGCCGCUCGGAGGUCCAAGGGAGACCCCGACGAGCUCGAAGGGGCGGCCUCCGACUAAGAGGGUUGGAGGCGCCCCUCUUUUCUCUUGCGGUGCAGAGGCUCGUACUGUGUGGUAGGCCCCUGCAGGCUCGGAGAGGCCCCAAUUUAGAGGUACUCGUGCCAGUACUAGUAUUAGCAUUUGUACUCGUACUCGCCGCGGCGGCCGCCGUUAGCGUCACCUCCCCCCCGCCCCCCCACGUAACAUGCGUCACCCCCCGCAGGAAAAAGAAAAGUCUCUCUGCUUCGCGCUACUGAUCGGCGACCAUAAAGGGUGUGGUUUUGCUGGGGUGUGGUUUGCGCUCUGCGUCGUUGUGGUUUGGGGGACACCACGUUGCCGUGGUCGGGCCGCUUCGAGGCGCGGCGGAGGACCGUCGAGGUUCUCGCCCGCACCCUACGAUGCGGCUUGUAAGCCGUGCCCUUUGCAAGCCACACCCUUCGGAGUCGCCGAUCUGGCGAGACUCGAUGGUCG